GCGCUGCCUAGUGUCAGCAAAGUGUUGGUAGAGGCAGUUCCGGUGUGGUACGUCGCAUUCCUGUACUAGCAACCGGAUCGCUGGUUUUUUCCUCUCGCUGGAGUUUUAGGCGAGAGACAAACAUGUCUGGUCGUGGAAAGCAGGGCGGCAAAGUGCGGGCAAAGGCCAAGUCCAGGUCCUCCCGUGCGGGCCUGCAGUUCCCAGUGGGCCGAGUGCACAGACUGCUACGCAAGGGUAACUACGCUGAGCGAGUGGGCGCCGGGGCGCCGGUGUACCUGGCCGCGGUGUUGGAAUACCUGACGGCGGAGAUCCUGGAGUUGGCUGGCAACGCCGCGCGGGACAACAAGAAGACCAGGAUAAUCCCUCGCCACCUGCAGCUCGCCAUCCGCAACGACGAAGAGCUAAACAAGCUUCUGGGGAAAGUGACCAUCGCUCAGGGCGGCGUCCUGCCCAACAUCCAGGCCGUGCUGCUGCCCAAGAAGACGGAGAGUCAGAAGACGAAGAGCAAGUGACCCUGAUGCCGCCACAGGGGAGCCGGCUUCCCCAGCAAGGGCUCUCUCCAGAGACGCCCCGCCCGCAGUGUUUUUGAACAUGCUUGAUGUUAUGGAAGGCCGGAGCCAUCUAGUGGGGAGGUGGGCGGCGAGGAAACCAACUGGGUCGGGGGCCCAAUAAAGUCGGUGAAAAUCGUC